GAUCACUGCAGCAGGUCAGAUGGAUCGGAGGGACAGUCUGGGCGUGUGCGUGGACAGCCAAAAGGGAGCGGAGUCACUUCAGAGAGACCAGGCCGUCUGCAUUUCCACCAAUGGUGCUGUUUUCGUCAACGGCAAAGAGAUGACCAACCAGCUGCCCGCCAUCACCGUGGGCUCCGCUGUGACCUUCGACAUGGAGGUGGUGAACCUGUUCCCCAUCAGCAACAACAACCUGAGCGAGGGCGGCAACUUCAAGCUGAGGGUGACCAUCGGCUCGGGGAACCGGGAGGUGGUGUUCGAUUGGCUGGUGGACCAGGCGGUGGACUGCCUCUUCUUCGGCUGCUCAUUCGUCCACUCCGGCUGGAAAGUGCUCGUGUUUUAAAGAGCUGGAUGGAUCCUUUAAUGUGCUGGAGCUUAGGAGCUGUCACCCAGAUCUGUUGUUCUUUUCCUCUCACACUGAGCCACUGACAGGGUCACAAGUCUCAAAAAAAAAAGGGAAAAAAUGGGAAAUGUCUCACUACAAUUUCUCCAGAUUUUCCACAUUCGUCCGUAAUUCACUGGUCAGGGUUCUAAUGCAAACUGGAAAACUUGUAAAUCCGCCAUCAAGCGUUGGACAGCACGUCCUGGAAAACAGUUCUGAGCUCGAUCUGCAGCAUUUAUCAGUUUUACUUCUGCUUGUUUUGCUUAAAACAGCUCGAGGCGCAGAUUCAGUGCGUUUACACGGAGUCGGGACGGUCAAGAGGGCGUCACGACGUUACAGAGACUACGUCCAUUUUUAAUUCUCUGAUCUUCAUGUUUGUUUCUGUAGCAAGUCUCUCUGCUACCGUGGGUUCCCUCAGCACACAAUGCGACAGCACAGGUCCGUUAGUCAACACGACUUUUAUUAGCUCGUAGCUGCAGCCACAGAUAACAUAUGCUGUUAGAGAGCUAGCUAAGAUUGAUUGAUGGGCUGAUGCUUCCAGACUCCGAGUAAACCCUGUCAGUGUCCACAGUUCUGCUUCAUGUGAACCGCUCACAAACAGAAACUGGGCUGCGUUACCCGACCACGAUCCAGCUCUUCUCCAGCCUUCAGGGAGCCACGCUCAUCGCUUCUUCUUCUUCUUCUUCUUCUUCUUCUUCUUCUCUGCUUUUAGUUUUGAUUCCCGGGCCUUCUUGCAAGGACGGACGUUUGUUUACAGCUUUGUUUUCCUUUAAAAAUCCUGCCAGGGCGUACAUGUGUUGUUCCUCGGAGGUCACAAGAUAAUAGAUACGUCUUUUUGGAGCAGCAGGAAAAGUAAAAACACAUUUAAAAUCUGCUGCUGGUGUUUUCUUUUCUUUUUUUUAUCUUAACAGAAACCUCACUGUGAAACUUAACUUAAACGUGUUCAUUGGAGGUUUAAAGGGACAGUUCGCCAAAAACACAAACCAGCCUGAGUUUCAUCUGCGUGUCUGAGGAGGACGCCAACGAUAAAAGGCCUAAAAUGGCACAAAGACGCUUAAAAGAUCAAAUUGUGUCUCACUGUGUGUAUUUGUUUUUCCUGCUAAUAUUUUCUGUUUUCACGGCUUCAUACUUUUGUUUAGCUUGUGUCCAAUCAGGGGUUUAGAGUAGAGAAAUGUUAGAGUUAGUCGAUAAGUUUCACAACAGAGGCUGUCCUGUUAUCUUUAGUGUCAUUAUCUCUAUAUAAGUGUUUUCUUGCAAUGUCGUAACCCAGAUCUGAUGUUAAAACCCUUGUUCAAGUCUAUGGAAGCCCAUUUCUGCCAAUGUGAUGAGACAAAAAGGAUCCUGAAAGUCUUUAAAAAGAAACAUUAUCAAUAUUUUGGCUUAUUGUCUCAAAAUAAUGAGACUUUGUCACAGAUGCCUUUCUUUUUCCCCACAUUGGCAGAAAUGGGCUUCCGUAAGAUGAAAUGAAACAGCCUUUUAUCCGCAGAUGUCAGAUAAUGUUAAAACUGAAUUAUCUUGAAUUUAAAAACUAAAUCCGAGCAUCUGGAGCUCGAGGAUUCAUUCCUGAUUAAAAACUUAAGAGAUGCAGUUGAAAGCUCCAGAAGAAGCAAGUUAUUUUUCUUCAUAUCAAACCAAACUCUUGAGAUAAUUGAAGCUGUUUUACUGUCUCGUGAAGAAGGAUAAAUAUACCAGAAUCAAAUUUCUGACGACUCAACGGGCAGAAGAAACAGUUUUUGGCUGAACUGUCGCCUUUAAAAUAAUCCAACUGUUACUUUACUAUUUUAGCUUUUUGCAUUGACAAUCCGUAACAGUAUUUACAAAACCUGUUGUUUUUAGUGGGAGGAGCCUGUAUGAGUGCUGGUUAUUGAUCGUUAGGUCCAGUUUACACAGUUAGCGAGCUAGCUAGCCAACUUAAGAUGUGACUAUACAUGUGUUGCUUUUAUUUUUUAACCAUCUUCAAAAUGUGGUUGUCUUUUCAACAUAGAUUAGCUUAGCAUAUAGCAUAUUUAUGUACAGUAAAGGAGGAAGUUGACCGAGGCUUGCUCAGCUGUUAUUGGAGCACAGAGGGGAAAGGGGCGGGGCUAUAUAAGAGUCUCUAACUCUGGUACAUCAUGAUGUUCAACCCUGGUUUUUCCACUAUAUUUAUGUUACUUUCAGUUUUUGUAACGAUGUUGCUUCUGCUUUAACGCUGCUGCAGUUAUUUGAAAAAAGUCAGUUUUACGAGUUCUGGAUAAAAGAAAAAGAGUGAAGAAAGUCUUGUAUUCUUGGUGUUGUUCCCUCUUCUUUCUGAGGCAACAAAUCGGUUUUAUUUCAUUGUGCAAAUUUGAAACGAGAAUAAACAUUAGUGGGUGUUCGUCCUGCACACGCUCACUACCACUCACUUUUAUUAAAUGUCAAAUAUGCAGAUUGUUUUUAUUUUG